AUUUGCGUUACCGGGCAAAUAUUUGCCCGAGUCCGACCAAAGUUAGCAUUUCUAAAGAGCCUUCAAAAUACUAGAGAGCCCUCUGCGGCUGUUUUUAACUCCUCCUUGAACUUGGUUCGGCAGAGCAGAGAGACCCACCGCUUGGCCUUUAUGCUUGCCGUUCUCGGGAAAGGGACAAAAUGAAACCUCUCGCUUGUUUCUUAGUCUUCCUCUUUGCUUUGGAAACAUGGGGCUUUGAUUUCAUCGUUGAAGAAAACCCACAGGAUCUGGCUGGUGUGAAGAUUGAUGGGUUCUUUGCGAGAUCCGCUCUGCACCAUGGCAGAUACCAGAGAAGCACAUCCGGCGAUGACGACUCAGGAGAAUUGGUGGCGGGCGAUGACAACAUAAUCCUCCAUAGCUACAAGGUCCAGUCCACCAUCACUUCUCGACUGGCCAACACGAUGGUGCAGACCAAAGUGGAAAACCGAGCCAGGCACCCACAGAACCUGGUCUUCGAUGUUCAGAUCCCCAAAGGGGCUUUCAUUCACAACUUUACCAUGAAUGUCAACGGCAUCACAUUUACUAGUUCCGUGAAGGAAAAAUCUGCAGCCAGAAGUCAAUAUGCCCAAGCGAGAGCGAAAGGCAAAGCUGCAGGAAUAUUGAGGAGCAACACCCUUGACAUGGAGAACUUCAAAGCUGAACUCAACGUGCCAGGAGGAACCAAAGUCCAGUUUGAAAUCCAUUACCAGGAGCCAAUUCGGAGGAAGCUAUCGACGUACGAGCAUGUUAUCCCCCUUCAGCCAGGCAGGCUGGCCAAACACUUGGAGGUGGACGUUCGCAUCAUCGAGCCUCAGGGCCUUCACUUUGUCCACGUCCCCAGUUCACUUGGAGACCAGUUUGAAGGUGUCCAUACGAUCUCCAAAGGAGAGAAAAAGGCUCAUGUAUCCUUCAAACCAACAGUGGCCCAGCAACGAAAGUGUCCCGCCUGUUCUUCUACAGCAAUCGAUGGCAAUUUUGUGGUCACUUACGAUGUCAACAGAGACAGCAAAGCUGGCGAACUGGAGAUCUUCAACGGGUAUUUUAUCCACUACUUUGCUCCUGAAAACCUGGAUCCUCUGCCGAAAAACAUCCUCUUUGUGAUCGAUGUCAGCGGUUCGAUGUGGGGAUUGAAAAUGAGGCAGACAGUUGAAGCCAUGAGAACCAUCCUAGGGGAACUCCGCUCCGAGGACCAAUUUUCAGUCGUCGACUUCAACCACAACGUCCGGUGCUGGAGAGACCAAUUGGUGCAAGCCUCCAGAUCGGAGACAGAAGCCGCAAAGAAGUACAUUGAGGGAAUCCAUCCCAAUGGGGGAACAAAUAUCAAUGACGCCCUUCUCCGGGCCAUCUUUAUUUUAAAUGAAGCUACAAGUCUAGGACUGAUGGAUCCAAACUCUGUAUCCAUGAUCGUGCUGGUGUCAGAUGGAGAUCCUACCGUUGGAGAACUUAAGCUGCCAACAAUUCAGAAAAACGUGAAGAAGAACAUUCGGGACGAUAUCUCUUUGUUCUGCCUUGGUAUCGGAUUCGACGUGGAUUAUGAUUUUCUGAAAAGGCUGGCUCAUGAAAACAAUGGAGUUGCCCAGAGGGUUUUUGGGAACCAGGAGACCUCAUCUCAAAUGAAGAAAUUCUACAACCAAGUCUCCACGCCACUUCUCAAGAAGCUGGAGUUCAACUACCCGCACGGCAUGGUGUCCGAUGUCACCCACAACACUUUCCAGAACUAUUUCGGAGGCUCGGAGAUUGUGGUAGCAGGAAAAGUAGACACUGAAAAUGUGCAACAUUUGCAGAGUAUGAUUACAGCCACUGCCUCCAAUGCACAGCUGGUCUUGGAGACUCUGGCCGAUGUUGAGGGACUGGAUGAGUUCCUGCGCAAAGAUAAUCAUGCAGACCCAAAAUUCACUGAAAAGCUGUGGGCCUACAUUACAAUCAACCAACUGUUGGCUGAGAGAAACCUGGCCACUACGGCUGCCCUGAAAAGGAACAUCACAAAGAAGAUCUUGCAGAUGUCUUUGGACCAUCACAUUGUGACCCCGUACACAGCGAUGUUGAUUGAGAGCCCAAACGGAGACGAGCUCAUGUUGGCUGACUCGCCCCAAGACCGCAAAAGAGGAUGCUGCCCAGGUGCUUUAGCUGUUGGCCACCCCAAGCCUGACAAUUCCAUCCCAGCUUGGGCCAAGCCCACAUCCAGGGCACGAGAUCCUUCAUCUCUCCUCAUGGGCCCAACUGCAUCAGCCAUACAUGCUGGAUCCUUAGUUAUUGGCCCAGCACCGACUGACAAUUCCGUCCCAUCUUGGGCGAAACCUACGCCGAAACCUCAGGGUCCGUUAGCUGCUGUCAUGGGUCCAACUAUUUCUGCCAUACAUGCAGGACCUUUACUCUUAGGCCAGUCCAAGCCUGGGCAUUCCAACACAUCCUUGGGCACAAAGAACCAGCCUCAAAGCGGGAUACAUGCAGUGGACAACGAUCCCCACUUCAUCAUCAACCUGCCGAGGCAACAUAAGAACAUCUGCUUCAAUAUAGACUCUGAACCCGGAGCGAUCCUGAACUUAAUUUCAGACGCCAAGUCCGGGAUUGCUGUCAAUGGGCAGCUGGUUGGGGCCAAGAAGUCCUUGAAGAACAAGCUGCACACCUACUUUGGCAAGAUCGGGUUCAAUUUCGAAAAGAAAGGCUUGAAGAUUGAAGUCAGCACCGAGGGCAUUAGCUUGAAGGACGGCUCCUCCAGCACACCCCUCUCCUGGUCCAAUUUAGGAAGCCUCAUUCGAAGGAGAGUUCUGGUCUCUGUGAAGAGCGACAACAAAGUCAGUAUCACCGUGGAUGGGGACUUGUCCUUUGUGGUUGUGCUUCACCGUGUAUGGAAGAAGCAUCCAGUCAAUGUUGACUUCCUGGGAAUCUACAUCCCUCCUGCAAGCAACUUCUCCUCCAGUGUGCAUGGCCUGAUCGGGCAAUUCAUGCUGGAACCAGAUGUCCACAUCUAUAAUGAGCGGCCUGGACAAGAUCCGGGGAAAGCUGAUGCUACCAUGGAAGUGAAAGGCCACAAACUCACUGUCACCAGAGGUGUGCAGAAAGACUACCGCCUGGACCGUGUGUUUGGGACUGGUGUUCGUUGUUGGUUCGUGCACAACAGCGGGAAAGGCUUUCUCGACCGUCACUACACAGAUUACCUCGUCCCCACUUUAUACAGCUAUCUGAAGCAUCCUUGAAAGGUUGGGCGGGCCUAAAGCAGAGGCAGGUGGUGGCCAGCAUCUGAUUGGCCAAGGCUUUCCUCCACCCACCCCUCUGGUGAUUUGCUUGUGAACCUGACUUUCCAGG